AGCUAUUUACUAAAUGUGGAAAAAUCAAUAAUUUUCUAAAGAAGAAUGUUUAAUCAGCCAAGUAGCCAAACAAGACUUGAAAGCAGGGGAGUCUUUGAAAAAGAAAAGCUCCAAGUCUCUGCCAAAUGUAACUGGGUGUUUCUGUCCUUUUCAUCCUUUCUUCAAUGGGGCCAGGCCUGGAGGUAUGGUGCCUGACUUUUCUCUGUCUCCUUGCAAUUCCAGUGACAGGGACUCUCGUCUCCUGAGGGUCUGCCCCAGCCCAUGCAGGAAGAGUGUACAGCUAUUGUCUCCUUAUAUUUAGUGCUCACAGCAUGAUGUCAUCGUGACUCUUAUUGUCCCCAUUUCAUGGAGGAGGAAACCAACAUCUCUGCAGGUGAAGAGGUUGGAUCCAAUGCCAAAGCCAGAGAAUGCCCAACCCAAGGCUCUAACUCUAGUGACAGAGGGAGAGUCUGGAUGGUCUCAGCUGCUCAGCAUCCUGGUGUGGGGCAGCUCACCUCUUGCUGUUCAGACUGUUGGAGAUCCUUCAGAAUACAUGGCUCCUCCUCCCUGGAACACUGUGACCACCACCUCAGGCCCCUGCUUACCUGGGCCACCUUUGGGAAGUGUCCAUCCCUUUCCAAGAGAACUGCAGCUGAAAGGUCUACUUCUGGGGGAAGCGCCCCAACCAAAGCCAGCCCGGGUGAGUAACACAUCUGCAAAUGCAGGAAAAGCGCCGUUUGCUUCAAGGGCUUUUGAAGAGCUGCUGAGCGGAAGGGGCCUCCUGGUUGCAGCGGAGAUUCUCAGAACUCUGGUCCUUCCUGGAAACCCUGAGCCAGGGAGGCAGGAAUGCAAGUCCAGGGCCAUGAGGCCAGAAACAUUUUCCUCUUUUCUUUCUGAUGCUUUUUUGUGACCCUGCCACCUCACAAUACAAUAUUUGCACUGUGAAACCCUGAAAUCUACCAAAUUUCAUCCCCUUUGGUUUAACAUUCUUUAGGAGCUUGGCAUUGUGUUAGAUGUUCAGUCAUUCCCACGGGCAGUCCCUAUUUAAAAACUGCCCAUCUAUUUUAAAGUUCACGAUGGGGGGAUAAAAGAAAAAAGACUUCCAAAACCAAAGGGAACAUGAGAUAGGCAGAAGAAAAAUCCAGUUUGCUUCUAAAAAAGGCUGAAAAUUAUAACCAUCCGUGGCCUCAAGUCUGAGAUUUUUUUUUUUUUUUUCCUCUUCUGGUUGUUUGCAAACCAAAGUGGAAUUUUACUUCGGGUUACUAAGUGAGCUUUUUCAAGUUCCUAGUCAAGUUCCGAAAGCCUCCAGUCACUCGGUAGCAUGCCAUUUCAGUUGCUCCUGCAGAGGGGAAAGACAAGGGAGCCAGAUAAAGCAGCGGGUGUCUCUGGGCUGGAGCCCCCUGCCUCCACUCCCCGCCCCCCCCCAAGCUGCUGUUAUUUCCCCAGCCAUUAGCCAGGGACCCUGCGCAGCCGCCUGACCUCCCCUGUGAACAACAAAAGCGUGAUGAAGGCAACAGGAGUCAGCGCAGGAAGCCCCGGUAUCCGGUAAGAAAUAAGAAGUACAGCAGUACAGGAUGCGCCUUGGAUCAGGGGGAUGUGAAAAGCCCUCAGUCUUCGCGGCCCAUAGCAGAGCUGCAGGGGCUGAGACCGUCUCACUCGGGGCUCCUCGGAGCUCAGCUGCGCCUGCUGCUGUCGGGGCAGGGCCGCUGGCCUCCUGCCCAGGGGAACACGGGAGGGGAUGGCCACCUCUGCGGCGCUACUGCAGGCGCUGCUGCUCCUGGGCCUCCUGGGGCCGGCGGCGGCGGCGGGUGCUCGCAGGGCGGCCGUGGUGUGCGCGGGGAGCGCCUGCUACACGGCCCACGCGGGCAAGCUGAGCGCAGCCGAGGCCCAGCUUCACUGCAGCAGGAACGGGGGCAACCUGGCCACGGUGAGGACUGAGGCGGAGGCCUGGCACGUGCAGCGGGCCCUGGCCCAACUCCUGCAGUCAGAGGCCGGCCUGGAAGCAAGGAACCGCAAGUUCUGGAUCGGGCUCCAGCGCGAGAAGGGCAAGUGCCUGGACCCCAGGCUGCCGCUGAAGGGCUUCAGCUGGGUGGGCGGCGGAGAGGACACGCUCUUCACCAACUGGCACAAGGAGGUCAGGAACUCUUGCACCUCCCGGCGCUGUGUGUCCCUGCAGCUGCCCCUGUCUCCGCAGCCCCAGGCCGGCAGCCUCCCCAAGUGGUCCGAGGGCCCUUGCGGGAGCCCCAGCAUCCCCGUAAGCAACAUCGAGGGCUUCGUGUGCAAGUUCAGUUUCAAGGGCAUGUGCCAGCCUCUGGCUCUGGGGGGCCCGGGCCGGAUCAACUACACUACGCCGUUCCAGGCCACCAGCUCCUCCCUGGAGGUCGUGCCCUUCGCCUCCGUGGCUACCGUGGCUUGCGGGGACGGCGACCACGGUCAGGAGCAGCACUUCCUGUGCAGGGAGAAGGCCCCCGGUGUGUUCGACUGGGGCAGCUCGGGGCCGCUGUGCGUCAGGCCUGGGUUGGUCUGCAGCUUCAAUAAUGGGGGCUGCCAGCAGGACUGCUUCGAGGGAGGCGAAGGCUCCUUCCGCUGCGGCUGCCGGCCGGGGUUCAGGCUGCGGGACGACUUGGUGACCUGCGAGUCCCGGAACCCUUGCAGCUCCGGCCCGUGCACGGGGGUGGCCACCUGCGUGCAGGGAUCCCACCAGGAGGACUUUGAGUGUCAGUGCCCCCCGGGCUACCAGCUGGACGCGAGCCAGCGGGGCUGCGUGGACGUGGACGAGUGCCAGACCUCCCGCUGCCCCCAGGAGUGUGUCAACGUCCCCGGGGGCUUCCGCUGUGAGUGCUGGGUGGGCUACGAGCCGGACGGCCGCGGAGACGGGGCCUGCCGGGACGUGGACGAGUGCGCCCCGGGCCGCUCGCCGUGCGCCCAGGAGUGCACCAACACGGCCGGCUCCUUCCACUGCUCCUGCGCCGAGGGGUACGUCCCGGCCGGGGAGGACGGCGCCCAGUGCCAGGACUUGGACGAGUGUGCAGACCCCGGGCGCGGCCUUUGCGACGGCUUGUGCCUCAACACGGAGGGCUCCUUCCGCUGCGGCUGCCUGCCGGGCUGGGAGCUGGGUGCUGACGGGGUCUCGUGCGCCCCGGGCCCCACCCCGGCCCCGGUGGCCAGCUCUGGGCCUCCCCAGGGGGAGGAUGCGGGAGACGGGGCAGCGCAAGGUGUGGCUUCUGCCCCCAGAGCCAGCCCCACCAGGGCCCCCGAGGGCGCCUCCGCGGAGGCGAUGGCCACCAAAGGACCCUCCCUCGCACCCACCUACCCCAUCACCCUGGCCGCACUGGACGUGCAGGCUCCCAGUGGGCCCCCUGGCGUCCGGAUGGAGCCAAGCACGCGUCACCCCAGGGCCACCGCCGGCCGUGGGGAGAAUAGUGACGAGGAUUUCACGGCCAAACACAGCGAUGAGGGCACGGACGGACAGAAGCUGCUGUUGUUCUACAUCCUGGGCACUGUGGUGGCCAUCCUCCUCUUACUGGCUCUGGCGCUAGGGCUACUGGUCUACCGAAGGCGGAGAGCAAAGAAGCACGAGGAGAAGGAGAAAAAGCCCCAGAACACGGCUGACAGCUACUCCUGGGCUCCCGAGCGAGCUGAGGGCAGGGCCUCAGAGAAUCAGUACAGUCCAACGCCAGGAACAGACUGCUGACUCGGAGCCUGGAGGGGAGAGGUCCCCAGAGACACAGACUGUUGGCCAUCACCAAUCUUUACGCAUUGCAUCGGAAGGGGGGUGGGAUCCGCAUCCUUCCAAAAGACUGGACCGGAAUCUUAGCAAACAGUUGUAAACAUUCUUAAAAGCCUGACCACUUGGAAUAUACAGGUAUUUUCUACGUGUGUGUGGUAUUCCUGAAGUGGAAGCAAUGGGAUGGGAUGUCAUUUCAGGAAUUUUGUGAAUAUUAACAAUUCUCACUCACUUUCCCUUUUCAAAUUCCAACAUGACUAUUGGGUUUCAUUUUUCCCACUGAUUGUGGAUCAGGGGCUUACACGUCAGGUGCUAAGGGGGCUCCUUUUGAACGGCUUCUCUGCUCACUGGAAUCAUCUAAGAAGAAAAGGUGGCCUGCUAAUGCUAAUUAGGAUUGAAAUUAUUUGUUCCUCUUAGUAGAACAGAGACUAAAUCAAUUGUUUAAUUAUAUAAGCAGCUUUUUUGUUGUUGUUAAGGACUGGAAACAUUUCUUUAUGUUUGCAUUCAUGCAUUUUCCCAUCAUAAGCCCUGCUGAACUUGAUAUAGUUGGAAUCCUGCAGAAUGACCAGAGUAUACUGAACUGCUUAGGUAGUAAGAAUGCUGAAAGUUUAGAAAUAGCAUUUCCUAGUUCUUAAUGUCUCUAAUUGUCUUGGGUUUAUUUGCAAGUGAAAUCUGGAAAGUGUGGGAGAAGUAUGAAGUGAGUUGAGAGUGAUUUUGAAAGUAAGUACUCCAAAGAGCUUGAGAGAGAAGCCUUGGGUUUGUUUCACAAAUAUUUGAAUCAAUCCACCUAAAUGCACUUGCAUUAACACAUACUUACUAUUGAUGAGAUGAAUGCACACAAACUAAAAAAAGCUGGAGACACCUUAUCUCUGAGCCAGUGCAGCCCUGAGACACCUCUUAUGCCACCUGCCUUCCUUGCGUGCCACCAUUUAAAUGCUCUGAUCAUAGGUGGACGAAGCCCUGAGAAAUCUCUCAUUCUGAUUUUUAAGGCUGUGUGAGGGGGACGAGAUGCUGAGUUUUGAAAGCUGGCAUCAUAAGGUAUUUUAACAUAGCUUGCAGCUGGUGUUGCUUCCUGAGAACAUGAUCCUGACUCGUGGCUGUAGCUUUCAAGUCAGGGAACGAGAAGGCUGGACUUUGUCCCCGUUUGGCUUGAAAAAUGUCACAUUUUUCUCUAAUUCUUAAAAAAGCAGGGGAGAUGGGAGGGGGUAAGAGAAUAGCUCAAAUCUUUUGCAACCACAAAAACCAUUCAAAGCAAUUUUAAUUUAUUUUUAAAAGCGCAGGGAUUCACCAAUGGUCGGAGCUGUUACAAACUGCCUGACUGGCACUCCGGUCUCCGGUCUUCUGCAGGCUUGUUGCUGUCAUCGUGCGGAACAGAACAGGAAUGUAUUUCCUUCUAGGGAUUCCAAAGUCUGCCUCUCAGAACCAAGGUGCCCUAUUGUUUCUGGUUUUGCCUUAGAAACACAUCCGUCCUAGAGGCGGGCACUUGGGGCAGGAAGAGUGGCCAGGUGCCCAGCCCUCAGUAAAUACCCUUCAGCUAAUUUUGAAAUGCAGAUGCUAUAUUUCAGGAUUUGUUUUUGUUUGUUUUGUUUUGUUUUCCCAAGAAAAUUGGUAACUGAAGGAGUGGGCAUAGGGAAAGAUGAAGGUUGUGGAGGACUUAGCAAGGUAUCUGGAACUUUUGCUUUUUAAGGACAUCCAGUAUUAUUUAGAUUUCCGUUGAUAUAUUGAAGUUUAACACCCAGGGAGACAAAGGCUGUGUCCACUGGCCACAGGACCAGUGGCCGUCAAUUGUGUGGAAAUGAACCCGGCCGCGGUUCAGAUGAUCUUAAAGAGUUGGCUAGACACAUUGCUGAUAGUAGCUGUGCUUACACGAAAUAAAUGCAAAUUCAAAAGCUUUACCUCCAGGCUUUUACCAUUCUAUCUUAUCGUUAGAGGAAGGAGACAUUCCUAUUCUAGGCUUUGCCUAGAAUCUGCCCCUUCCUGAACUAAUGAGCCCUACUUUUUCUCUCAGCCGCUCUGACCAGUGACCAAGAGCCUGGAAUUGGAUGACCUCAGGCAGUGAACCUGAUGAAAACCACUGGCCUCAAACAAAUACUCUUGUCCCAUUUGAUACCACUGUCUUGAUAUCUCUGUCAUUCUCUGAGGAUGUGAAUCCUUGUCUGGGGAGAUAGGCACCCACUGGCCAUGGGCAAGCUGUCCUUUUAUCCAGAUGUUCCCCAGGCGGCUCUGCCGUGACACAGUGAGAAGUGGAGGGGAUGGAAUAUGGUAGAGGUAGGCUCUGGCACGCACAGACUCCUCCCUGCGUCCCUGGGCUGGGCAGGGGCAGACCAGGUGCUGUUCUAUCCCCUGGCUUCCAGGCAGCAGAACAGCAGGGACAAUGGACAAAGGGAGGCAUCUCCGACUUGGCAACAAGUGCAAAGUCAACAGAGAUUUUUGUCCAAAUAGAAUUUCCCAUAGUUCGAUAAUGCUCUUGGAAAAACUAUAUUCAGAACAAACCCAUCCUCUCCUCUCUCUCCAUCUCCCAACGCAGAUAAUUUAAGGGGAGGAUGCCUCCUACAAUACACAGCCCACUAUGCUCCUUUCUGAAUUUCAGGGAUGAUCACUGAUCUUUUUUCUUGUUCAUUUGCAUACAUGGUGCAGGACAGGCCCCACCCUGGAAUCUGAGGAGUGUAAAAGUGCAAAGGUGAAGCACUUAUUUGAAAAUGCUUGGAAGUGGUGGACCUGGUGGGGUCUUUUGUAGGGUGCACCCACCACUGCUCAGCAUUGUGGGCUUGAGGCAAAAGCGGCCUCGCCCAUGUCCCUUUGGUUCACCUACCUGCCUGAUUAUCACAGUCGUGACAUCUGGUGCCACAUAGCCGCAUGGUGUUUUACCAGCAGCAUAAAGUGGGUGACUCAAGUGGGUUUUGUCUUAAGGACAGGAGAGAUUCAGGCUAAUAUCCUCCCCGUGAUUAGGCAAAAAGGUAGAAUAAAAAGUUAAGUGUGUAUGUGGGUGUUUGUGUACACAGUACAGGAGGAACUAAGUUGGAAGUGCAUCUUUCUCCCUGAAACACACACGUGUGGUGCAAUUUUUACAUCCCAAUCAGGAGCCCCUGUUUGAGCACAUCCUGAUGGGACCUGGAGUUUUGUCACUGAAAGACCUCCGGAGAAUAUGGUUGUGAUCAUUAGCUAAUUUUACUUCAACUCUCCUUAUCACAAAUAUUUUUGUGAAAAUUAAGAGAACAGAGAUGAGAUUUGACCCCAAAAAAGUACUACAUUCAAAAUAGUGCAGUUUUUUAAAGCAAAUAUAGGACAGCCUUUUCCUAUUAUUUUUCUCCUUAGUUUCUCCAUUGUCUGAAUCAGGAAAACAGGAAAGCAUGGCUUUCUAGCAGCUACAAAAUGGUGUAAUGUCCCCUCCAUAUUUCCAUCACCUUAAACAAUAGAUUUAACAAAGGAAUCUGAGAUAUGAUCCCUGAAAACAUCUGUCCCUGUCUGGCUGUAAAACCUACUGCUUAGGUCUCUGUACUUUGUGGCAUUUGUCAACCAAAAAAAAAAAAAAAAAAAAAGAAGAAGAAGAAGAAGAAGAGGAAGAUGAUCAAAAUUCUCCACGUAUUCUGUAUUCAAAUACCAUAUUCUGCUUCAGAUUCCUGAAACUAAUACUUGCUGAAGUGCUUAAAAAAAAAAAAAAAAAAGAAUCAUGUUUUGACUUGUUCUUGGCGAUCAUGCCUGUCUAUUUUAGGAAGAAACUGGAAUUUCUUUCUCACAUUGUUCCUCUCAUCUGCAAGGGGGCAAGCGUUUCCUUUCUGCAGAUUUUGCCUGCUAUUCUGGGCUGGGUUCUUUCUGCAUAUUUGGCUGAAGCCUGCAUUAGGUCAUUCACCAGGCCUGAUUCUGUGAUACUUGAUGCAAUUGUAAAUGUCAGUCAUCACUGCACAAUUGCUAGAUGAGAAUGUAAGUCUCUUCAAAUCUGUGCAUUUGGAAUGUGUUCCACUAAUUCGGCCAUUGUGGGAUUUCUCUCCAGGGCUUCUUUCUGUCGCAGGUUCGACUCUUUCCCAGGGCUGGGAGGACAGGCUUGGCCGCUGCGUCGGCCUCAGAACUUUGAGAAACUGAGGGGCAUCUCAGGUCUGCCUCAACAAGUAGCCUGCUUGUUGUCCUUUGUGUUUUAUGUCACAUGCCUAACCUAAUAAACUCUGAAAUGCUUUUGUUGCCAA